UCCUUCACUCACACAAAAAACAUAAAUAUAUCUUUCUUCUUUCUUUUUCUUUUUGUUAACACAAUCAAAUUAAUAAUAAUAAUUUCUGUCAAAAACACAAAAAACUCUCUCUAAUUCCUUGUUUAUUUCGAUCUCAAAAAGUAAUUUAAGUUGAAUUAGAUAGAUAGAUAGAUCUUUCCGUGAAGGUUACUUCACAGGGAUGAAGCGAAUACGAGAUGAUGUAAUUACUACUAGUAAUUCUCAAUUCAAACGUCCUUUUGUUUCUCAACCAUAUGCUCAAUCCCAUGUACCUGGAGACGAGGGAGUGGGUGAGGUGGCAGGAGGUGCGGGGACGGGGUCUGGGGCUGUGGCAGUUGCAGCUGCAGGAGGAGGAGGAGGUGUUAGUAAUCAACAAAAACUUACAACGAACGAUGCUUUAACGUAUUUAAAGCAAGUUAAAGAUAUGUUCCAUGACCAAAGAGAAAAAUAUGAUAUGUUUCUUGACGUUAUGAAAGAUUUUAAAGCUCAAAGGAUCGACACUACUGGUGUCAUAGCAAGAGUAAAAGAAUUGUUUAAAGGGCACAAUAAUUUAAUUUUUGGGUUUAACACGUUCUUGCCCAAAGGGUAUGAAAUAACUGUAAUCGAAGAGGACGAACCUCCACCAAAAAGAACGGUGGAGUUUGAAGAGGCUAUAAGUUUUGUGAACAAAAUAAAGAAACGAUUCCAAAAUGAUGAUCAUGUUUACAAGUCAUUUUUGGAUAUCUUGAACAUGUAUCGGAAAGAGCACAAGGGAAUAAAUGAAGUCUUCCAUGAGGUUGCUGCACUUUUUGAAGAUCAACCUGAUCUUCUUGACGAGUUCACAAAGUUUUUGCCAGCUGCUUCUGCCGCUGCAUCUGCACAUCGUGCUUCUUUAGGGCGACAUUCUUAUAACCGUCAUGAUGAACGGAGCUCAGCUAUGACUCCAGUCAAACAAGUCCAAAUGGAUAAGCAGCGAGGCCGUAGGGACAGGAUCAAUGCUUCACCUGCUGAGCUGGACCUAAAUGCAGACGAGGAUGAUAAAACCACGAUGAAACUUCACAAGGAGCAUAGAAAGCGAUCUGAAAAGGAGAACAGGGAUAGGAUGACUCCUGAUCAGGAUUAUAAAGAGCCUGAUCUUGAUGCUAGUAGAGAGGCUCACCGUAUUGAAAAGCGAAAAUCUGCAAGCAAGGUUGAAGAUUUUGGAGUGAUAUCAGGUGUGGGCCCACAUGGUGAUAAAAGCUCUCUGAAAAGUAUGUACAGCCAAGAGUUCACUUUCUGUGAGAAAGUGAAGGAUAGAUUACGUAAUCAAGAUGAUUACCAAGCAUUUUUGAAGUGUCUCCAUAUCUACAGCACAGAAAUAAUUACAAAGAAGGAAUUACAGAGCUUGAUUACUGAUCUACUUGGAAAGCAUCCAGAUCUUAUGGAAGGGUUUAGUGCAUUUUUGGAGCGCUGUGAAAACAUAGAUGGAUUUCUUGCUGGUGUCAUGGACAAAAAAUCUUUAUGGACUGAAGGGCAUGUAUCGAAAUCAGGUAGGACAGAAGAGAAAGAGAGGGAGCACAGGCGAGACACUGAUGCUGCCAAAGAGGACAAAUAUAAAGAAAAAUAUUGGGCAAAGUCUAUACAAGAACUUGACCUCUCUGAUUGCCAACGCUGUACUCCCAGCUACAGACUUCUUCCUGAUGAUUAUCCAAUACCAUCAGUUAGCCAAAGAUCGGAGCUUGGUGCUCAAGUAUUAAAUGAUCUUUGGGUGUCUGUGACUUCUGGUAGUGAAGAUUAUUCUUUUACACAUAUGCGUAGAAACCAGUAUGAAGAGAGCCUAUUCAGAUGUGAGGAUGACAGGUUUGAACUUGAUAUGUUGUUGGAGUCUGUGAUUUCAACCACUAAACGUGUUGAGGAGUUAUUGAACAACAUUAACAAAACAAUCAGUCCUGAGAUUCCCCUACGUAUAGAAGAUCAUUUCUCUGCUCUGAAUUUACGGUGCAUGGAACGUUUAUAUGGUGAUCAUGGUCUUGAUGCCAUUGAAACACUUCGCCGAAACCCGUCGGUUGCAUUGCCUGUUAUGUUAACUCGUCUCAAGCAAAAACAAGAGGAGUGGACAAAGUGUAAAUCAGACUUUAACAAGGUUUGGGCUGACAUAUAUGCAAAGAACCAUUACAAGUCACUUGAUCACCGCAGCUUCUAUUUUAAGCAACAAGAUUCGAAGAAUUUGAGUACAAAAUCAUUGGUGGCCGAAAUCAAAGAAAUAAAGGGGAAAUGUCAGAAAGAUGAAGAUGUGCUCCAUAUUAUAUCCGCUGGAAGCCGACACUCUAUCUCGCCAAAUUAUGAAUUUGAAUAUGCUGAUGAUGACAUUCACGAGGAUGUAUUUAAAUUAAUCCAGUAUUCAUGUGAAGAGAUUUGCACAGGCAAAGAACAGCUAAACAAAAUUUUGAAUCUUUGGACUACCUUUUUGGAACCCAUGCUCAGUGUACCAUCUCAAUCUUGCAAUUCGCGUGUUUCUACCAACAAAGUUGCAGGGGAGACUGAUGGAAGCCCAUGCCAUGUUGAUGGUAACCUGAAUCCUAACCAAUUAAAGCCCUCUUGCAAUGGAGAUGAUUGUAAUUCUCCAGAUCAAGUGCGUUCUCAAAAGAGUGUUAUGGUCAACGGAGAUACUUUGACCAAAGAAAAAGGUGGAUUUCAACCUGAGAAAGAGGGUAAGAACAUGGGGGCUCGGGAUGUUACCGAGAAUGGUCAUGAAGCCAAGUCAAAUAUUGAAGAUUCCAUGUCACAUCAUGUAGAUAGUACGACACCUGUAACGAUGGCUAUUGGAAAUUCUACUGAUCCAUCGAAAGCUGAGAAAGAAGAGGGUGAGCUGUCACCGAAUGGUGAUUUUGAUGAAUCAAAUGUUGGAGAGGAGAUAGAAGCUGAUGGUGACGAUGAGGAGAGUGAAAAUAGAGACCCUGAUGAUCAUAAUGACGAGUCUGGUAGUGAAUCUGGGGGUGAUGAGUGCUCUAGGGAAGAACAGGAAGAUGGAGAUAGAGACCAUGAUGAUGAUAUUGAAGGUAAAGCAGAAAGCGAAGGUGACGCAGAGGAUGGAAGCUUUGCCUCCGGAGAUGGCAUCUAUUUUUUACGGACUGUGAAACCACUGGCGAAAUGUGUAGCUUCAUCAUCAUCAUCAUGGGAUGGGGAAAAGAAAGAUCUCCGUGUCUUUUACGGGAAUGAUGCUUAUUAUACACUUUUUAGGCUUCACCAAACGUUAUAUGACAGACUACUAUUUGCUAAAGUCAAUCUGAUAUCUACUGAAGCGAGAAAGAGAACUGCUAGAGAUUCAAGCCCAUCUGAGUUGUACUCCAUAUUUAUGGGUUCCCUCUACAAUUUGCUUGAUGGUGUUUCUGAUAAUGCAAAGUUUGAAGAUGAUUGCCGGGACAUUAUUGGGAAUCAUUCUUAUGUGCUAUUUACAUUGGACAAGUUGAUUUGUAAGCUCGUUAAACAGCUUCAAAGCAUUGUUGGUGAUGAAAUGGAUAACAGACUGUUGCAGCUAUAUGAAUAUGAAAGAUCCCGAAAACCUGAGAAAUUUGUUGAUUCUGUUUACUACGAAAAUGCACACGUCCUCCUUCAUGAUGAGAACAUAUACAGAUUUCAAUGCUCUUCUGGUCCUUCUCGUUUAACCAUUCAGUUGAUGGAUGACGGGAUUGAAAAGCCUGAAGUGGUUGCAGUUUCUGUAGAUCCACAUUUUGCAGCUUAUCUACAUAAAGAUUUUCUUUCAGUUGCAAAUGCAAAAAAACAAUCUGGCAUUAUGAUGCACAGAAAUAAACGCCAAUUCUCUGGAAAAGAUGAAUCAUCUUCUCUAUCAUUUGCAAUGGAAGGUGCUCGUGUGCUCAACGGUUUGGAAUAUAAGAUGUCUUGCAGUUCGUCAAAGAUCUCCUAUGUUCUCGAUACAGAGGAUUUCUUCUUUCGUGAAAGAAGAAGGCGAAAGAUCCCUGGAGUCAAGUCAUCCAUCCGUAGUCAGGCAAACGUAGAACGGUUUCACAGAAUCUUAGCAGCCUCAUUAUCACAACAAUAGUUAAGCAUUUUGCUUGUUUUGCAGAAUGUUAGUUGCACGACAUAGAACUGCUACUUUAGAUUUUCUGAAGCAGAUUGGGUGUAAUGUAACAAGCGCUUUAAGCUCGACAUAAACAGUGUUGUAUGAGCCAUCAGUUCCGUAAAUACAGGCUUUAUCUCAUUUAAUGUAUCGUGUAAUCUUUGGCUCUUCUCUUUGUGUCCAUGUAACAUCCCCGUCUCUAGUAGAGGUUCUUUUUCUUCUUCUUUUCCCCCUCGAAAUAGUAAAUGUGAAUGUGAAGAGACGUCUUUGAAAGAUUAUGAGCAUAGAGAAGCUGUAGCGAAGCUUGGUAACCGUUCUGCAUUGAGGUUUGAUGUACAGAGGUUGAUAAUGUUGAUUAUAUUUGUGGAUACAAUCACAUCAGUUUUUAUUGUUAUCUGACCUGAACAAGUGGCCUUCCUGGCCCUCCUGGAACCCUUCUUUUUUAUGUUUGUUGUUAAAAGAACAUAUAAUUUUGUUUACUUAUAAAUGCAUAUUCGUUCUAAAA